AUGCAUGACAACGGAUGUGACGAUGUCGCAAAGAUGUUCAACGGCGACUUGGUGCUGGAGUACAGCGAAAGAGAAGAGAGUAUCGUUCGCUGGAAGCUUGAUCUGUCGCUCGCCCCCAUGAUGCUCAUAAGUUAUAUGCUCUCUUUUGUCGACAAAGGAAUCUUAUCGACGGCCGCAGUGUAUGGGCUCCAAACUGAUCUGCGCCUUAAAGGUCAACAGUACAGCUGGUCCAACUCCAUAUUCUACUUCGGAUUCUUGAUCUGGCAGUACCCUAACUCAAUCUUCAUGCAGCGCCUACACAUCGGGCGCUGGAUAGGAGGCAUGGUAUUCUUCUGGGGUGUUUGCGUCGCGGCUACAGCAGGAGUCACCAAUUUUGCUACGCUGGCCGUCGCCCGAUUUUUCCUGGGCGUCUUCGAGGCAUCGAAUAACCCUGUCUUUACCCUCCUAGUCAGCCAGUACUAUACCCGACAGGAACAUCCUUUGCGGGCAUGCUUAUGGUGGGCUGGUGGUCCUAUCGCAGCAUUUAUCGGUGACGGCGUGUCUAAUGGAAUCGGCCAUUUCCAUGGCGCAUUGAGCAGAUGGCGAUAUCUGUACUUGAUCUUCGGUCCCAUUACAAUGGCCUGGGGAAUAUUCCUCUUUUUCGCCAUGCCAUCCUCGCCCAUGACUGCCUGGUUUUUAACUCCCCGGGAAAGGCACAUCGCGGUUGUCAGGUUCAACAAAAUCAUUCUUACGGGCCUUGGCUACUCUAGUGUCGAAUCUACAGUGGUUGCGAUGCCCGAGCAUGUGAUUCAGCUCGUCUCAGUACUGCUCGCGGGUGGGAUCUGUUCCUACAUUGGCAAAGGAAGAUGUAUCGCGAUGAUUUUGAGCAACAUUUGCGUGCUGGUUGGGAGUGUCCUACUUUACACUCUUCCCGCCGAAAAAAAGAUGUCACGUCUGGGCGCCGUUUACUCGCUCCUCACAUGUACUGUCUCAUACAUCAUGUGCAUAUCAAUAAUCUCGUCUAACAUAGCUGGAUUCACCAAGAAGAUGACAGCAAGCUUCUUCAUCUCCUCCGAGGCACCGACAUAUCCCACAGGAUUCCGGGCAUAUUUCGUUACCGCGUCGAUGAUGAUUGUCCUUCAAGCCGCUUUGAUGAUUUAUUAUCUAAACGAGAAUCGAUGCCGUGAUAAACGCAGCAAAGGAAUGGUUAUCGCAGACAAAGCUAACCAACAUCAUAUCUUGGAGACUGAUUUGAUGGAUUUGACAGAUCGGGAGCAGCCGAACUUCCGAUACACUUGGUGA